AGUAUCGAGUCCAGUGCCGCGAACGAGCAGUAACGCAUAGAUCAUCACAAUAAAACGUGAAAGAUGACGGGCGACGAGGUGUUGUCGCAUCAACUUGUGUUGCCGUUAUCAGUGGGUGUAUACACGGAAGUAGAAGAAGAACGCGUGGAUAGCAAUAGUAGUAACGCAAGCGAAAGUACAGCAGAAGAACAUGAUCAUUUAUGCACGGCUGCUGUCGUCAUUGCCGUUGAUGAUCCUGUUUCACAUGUGACAGUAGUAGAACCACCUCCGCAAAUUCAGACGGUGGCGGCAACUGCUCUGGACGAAUUGUUCUAUCUCAUUUCAAUGGAUGGCGAAGCGCUCUUCUACGAUGCCAUUCAUUCUUCUUCAUGAAGCUUUCAUUCAAUUCUUUCUAGUCAAAAUGUCGCUUAUCUAUUACACCGUUUCCCCUCUGCUAUUUAUUUCUGACUCUGUAGCUCGGCCUAUCGAACCCAUUUUAGAUCCAAUCAAGCCAACGAGCUCCAAGUGGUUUCUUUUUUAUAAGUUGGAUGCAAGUCAUGCCAAACGCUAGAAAUGUUCAGUGUCGGGACAAGAUUAGAAUAGAAGCACCGGGAGAUGACGUCAUUUUCUCGCAUUUCCCGUUUUCUUAGUUCCCUCCACGAGUUUUAUUGGAAGUUGUCCCAACUUCUUUUUAAACAGCUGAAAAUUAAAUUUCCUUAAAAAACGAAAUAAUUGUCUGAAUGACGGUCUAUGUUUAUU